CUCGCCCGGGGACAGGUGGAGACGGCUCCACGUGGGCACCUGGCCCUAAAGGAAUUUCCUAACCCGCGCAGGGCGGGCCAAGCACCCCUCCCGCGAUCCCCGUCUCCCGCCCGGGUCCCGGGUACGCCCCAUCCUUCCAGGACCUACCGGCGCGCUCUAGGACCGAGCGGCGCCCGCCCCGCCGCCCUGUGGGCGGGGCCCCGGCAUUGUGGCGUCGCCCCGAGGCGGGGCUCCGGCGCGCGGACCGACAGACGGACGCAGGACAGAGCGGGCGCGGGCGCGGGCGCGGCGCGGCGGGCUCCGAUGGUGCAGGAUUGAACGGGGUGGCGGCGGCUGUGCGGGGAUGACGGUCCCCGCGCGUUCCAGGAUCCCGUGAGAGCGGAGGGGCCUCGGGCCAAGCGGACGUCAGCCCGCCGGCAGGCGACGCAGGUGUUCGGGAUGGAAGCAGAAGGCUUGGAUUGGCUUCUGGUCCCGCUGCACCAGCUGGUGUCCUGGGGGGCCGCUGGGGCCAUGGUCUUCGGAGGGGUGGUGCCGUAUAUCCCGCAGUACAGGGACAUCCGGAGGACUCAGAACGCCGAGGGUUUCUCUGCCUACGUGUGUCUGGUGCUCCUGGUGGCCAAUAUUUUACGGAUUCUCUUUUGGUUCGGAAGGCGUUUCGAGUCGCCCCUCCUCUGGCAGAGCGUGGUCAUGAUCCUGACCAUGCUGCUGAUGCUGAAGCUGUGCACCGAGGUCCGCGUGGCCGGCGAGCUUGGCGUGAAGCGCCGGUUCUUUGCAGCUGCAGAUAAUAAGGAUGAAGAGAUCAGAGCCCCCCCCAGGCGGUCGUAUCUGGACUUCGACCCUCACUACUUUUGGCACUGGAGCAGCUUUGCGGACUACGUGCAGUGUGUCCUGGCCUUCACGGGCAUAGCGGGCUACAUCACAUACCUGUCCAUUGACUCGGCCCUGUUUGUGGAGACUCUGGGCUUCCUGGCGGUGCUGACCGAGGCCAUGCUGGGCGUGCCGCAGCUCUACCGCAACCACCGCCACCAGUCCACGGAGGGCAUGAGCAUCAAGAUGGUGCUCAUGUGGACGAGUGGCGACACCUUCAAGACAGUGUACUUCCUGCUCAACGGCGCACCCCUGCAGUUCUCCGUGUGCGGUCUGCUGCAGGUGCUGGUGGACCUGGCCAUCCUGGCGCAGGCCUACGUGUUUGCCCGCCACCCUCCGAAGCCGGCCCCCCAUGCGGUGCACCCCGCCAGUACCAAGGCCCUCUGAGGUGGCCGGGGAGGACGAGGACGUGUGACCGCUGGCCACAGGCACCAGCCCGGCCACCUGUCCUCCUGUGUGGGGCAGGCAGGCACCGUGGCCCCCUGAGAUGGUGUCCCGGCCACUGGGGUCUCAAUCAGCCUCUGUGGGCUCUGAGGGUGGCGGGCAGGGGGCCUGUGUGCCAGUGUUUGUGCUCAUUCACUCCCAGGACAAGCGAGCAGAUUUUACACCCAAGGGUUGGGAUGCGGUUGUUUUCAUGGGGAUGGAAGGCGAGUCUCCUCUUGGAAGACACCCAGCGAGAACCUGGUAGCUGCUCACGGACCCAGGGAACGGCAGGCUGGGGCCGCCCCAGGACAGAGGGUGUCAGGGAACCUCAGCCCCUGAGAUCAGCUCAGCCCACAGCGGGCCCGGGGCGUAGGCUGGGGGCUGAGCCUCUGACGGGUGGGACUGGGGAGCAAGAAGGAGAAGCAGCGUCAGGACAACCAGGGUCCCAGCACACAGAGCCCACAGUCUCAGAACGGCCUGCGAGUGGACGCCCUGGUGACGGCAUGCAGCGACAGCGUGUGGUGACAGCAUGCGGCCAAGUGGGACUCCGGCAGGGUUGGGCCCAGGUGCAGAGAGCAUGGCCAGUUUUAUGUGUGCCUGGCACUCGUGGAGAGGAAGCCGGAGGGAUGCUAUGACGUGCGCUCUCCUUUAUCUGGCCAGAGUUGGUCUCUCCAGGGCCUCCUUCACCACAGCUGCCCCACAGGACCUGGGCUUGGCCCUCCACUUGGCAGUGGGGCCCGGGGCCCUCGUUGCUACGCUGGCGUCCUCCUAGGAGAGGCUGCUGUGCGCCCGCCCUGGGGGGACAGAGCCAGCCCGUGUCCACCACUGGGCACUGGCCAGGGCGAGCUGAGGGGUGUUGGAACUAGAGCCCGGAGCACUCCGUGAGCCCCAGGGGCGUGCGUGUGCGUGCAUGGGUGUGUGCAUGCAUGCGUGUAUGUGUGUGUGUGUGUGUGUUGGGCGGGGUGCGGCCGGCCGGCCGGCAUGGGCUCCAGGGAGGGCUGAGGCCCAGGGUGGGGCGGGGCAGACUCACCACCACCCCGGGAGGCUGCCCUUGCAUUCAGGGUUGCACACACCUGCUGUGGCACAGAGCCUUGGGUGUCCGUUUUCCAGGACGGGGACGGCCUGCAGGUCAGGAGAGGAUGCUGGAGGCAGGCGUCCCCCCGGCAUGCAGGGCGUCCGCACACUCUGAGCUCGCAGGCCUGCAGUGACCUUCCCAGGUGGUGGGCUGUGCCUGGCGUGGGCAUCCCUGCCCAACGUCCUCCAGUCUGUGUGCGCUUCUCCAUGUCCUGCCUCUGGCUGUGACGGGGCCACUGGAUAUCCCUCCCUCUCAGUUUUACACGAGCAUCUCAGAGCAUCUCAGCCCUGUGCCAGCCCCCAGACCCCAAGGCCGAGGGUUCUAGAUGCUUCUGUGUGGCUCCCGCAGGCAGCGUUUCCCCUUCUGCUGGGCGGAGGGGCGGCUCUCUGCAGUGUCCACGCCAUCUGCGGCCAGUGCCAAAGCUCUCAUGGUGUCUGCUGUGGCCGGUGGGAAACGUUCAAAGCCGCUUCCCCCUGAGUUUUCCUCAAAAACUCCUGAAUGUUUGAGUGAGGGUCCUGCUGGUUUUUUGGCCUGUAAGAUGCUUUGAAAAUGUUUAUUUUUAAAACACAAAAGGAGAUGUCUGUAGCAGCAAUUGCCUACAGGUUAAAAUGUCACCAGUUGAAGCAGUGACUGAAUGUGCCGUGUGUGGGAGCAUUCAAGGUUCUGUCAGUGUGGUGACUCUAAAUCAAUAAACCGCUCGCGGAUCGAGUGUGGCCUCGUGAAUGGAGUCAGAGUGGGGCCCAGGCCAGAGUGGAGCAUUGGUCCCUGUCCUCAUUUCACCUCGGUGGGGGGACCCUGGGAGGGGCUGGCUCCAGGCACUGGCCUCUGCCCUGACACAUCCACAUGCCCUGGGCUGGGCCGGCACCAGGUCCCUUGAUACAGCUUGGCCCCUGAGAGACCUCGGUGGCUCGCUCAGGCUCCCCCAGAACAGACCAGCCCUGGGGACAGUGACUGCCCUGUGCCAGCAGGGCCAGGCCAGCGUGGGCUGGCGCCUGACCCCGAGUCCUGGGCUCCUUGCAGGCGAGUCUGUGUCACAUCUUGGUGCCUUUGUCUCUGCCAGUUCACACAGAAUGCCUCGAAAGGAUGGGAAGGAUCUCAUUUAACGGCCAAGAGAAGUGUUUCAAGGAAAACCGAGAGCACACGGGACACUUGCAGGACAAUCCGGUAUAGCAAGUAGGGACGGAGCUGUCUGUCCUGAGCAAUUUGCUUUUUCGCAUGGAGAGUAUUUACAUUGGGGGCAAGAUAUUAAAAAAAUAUAUGAAGUGAAAAUAUAUGAAAGAGAUAUAUUUUUAAUUGUUUUGGCGAGUCACCCAGCCUCCGGCACCUGGGAGACCCAAGAAUGGGCUGAUCAAAGUGGCGACCUCUGCGCUCCUCUGAGGGUGCAAGGAUCCUCACUGUGGACCUGGAUCCACUUACUGACGCAGGACAGGUCCUGCUUUGGGGGUGGACUUUUCCCUUCUGAUAAAGUGUUAAUUAAAAUGAACUAUUUUAAUUAAAAAAUUAAUGCCUACAGUAAAAAUUCAAAUAGUAAAAAAAGACAAAAAAAUAUACGAA